AUGGGGGUGCCAGACAAGGUCGUUUUGCACCCCCUCGUGUUGCUUAGCGUUGUGGAUCACUACAACCGGGUAGCCAGGGACACAAAAAAGCGUGUCGUGGGCCUACUGCUCGGAGACACCUACAAAGGGCAAGUGGACGUGACGAACAGCUUCGCAAUCCCCUUUGAAGAGGAUGAUCAGGAUCCCUCCAUCUGGUUUUUGGAUCACAGCUACCUUGAGAACAUGUUUCACAUGUUCAAGAAGGUCAACGCGCGCGAGAAGGUGGUGGGUUGGUACAGCACGGGGCCGCGGCUGCGCGAGGCGGAUGUGGAUAUCAACCAGCUGGCGGCCAACUACUGCGAGACGCCAGUGCUGGUGAUCUGCGAGGUCGAGCCCAAGGAGGUGGGGCUGCCCUUCACCGCCUACUGCUCAGUCAACGAAGUGCGGGAGGAUGGGACAGAGAAGGCGCGCAAGGUGUUUGUGUCUGUGCCUACUGAGGUGGGGCAGACCGAGGCGGAGGAGAUCGGGGUGGAGCACCUGCUGAGGAACGUCAAGGACGCCACUAUCAGCACGCUCGCCACUGACGUGGCAGCCAAGCUGCAGGCACUGCGGGGGCUCAAGGGGAAGCUGGCUGAGGUGCAGGCCUACCUGGCAGCGGUCACUGCCGGGAAGCUGCCCCUCAACCACGACAUCAACGCGUACCUGCAGGACAUGUUCAACCUGCUCCCCAACAUGAGCGCGGCACAUCUCAGCAGCGCGCUGGCCGUGAAGAGCAACGACAUGAUGGCCGUGGUCUAUCUGGCAGCACUCAUCAGGUCUGUCCUGGCGAUGCACAAGCUGAUCGACAACAAGGAGGGCCGCAUGUGGCGAGAGAAGGCCAAGCACGACAGGGCUGCAGCAGACAAGGCGGAGAAAGAGAAGGACAAAGAGAAGGAAAAGGAGGCCGCGGCGGACGGCGAGGCCGCAGGCAAGGACCAGAGCAGCAGCAGCGGCGGCAAGGAUGCAAACGCGCCCUCCGCCAACGGGAACGCCGCCAAGAAGUGA